GCCGUGGUCAUCCUGGUCCAGGAGCACCACGCCAGGGGUUACGACAGGCUGGCUGCCUUGCAGCAGGCCACGCUGGACCACGAGUACGCGGGGCUCUGGGCGCCAGCCGCCCAGGGGCCCCGCGGCGAGGCAGGCGCCGCUGGCGGGGUGGCGGUGCUGGCGCGCUCGCACAUCACAAUCACCGGCCCGCCUUUCCUGGUGAGCCCCGUGCUUCUGGCAGCGCGGUUGGUGGCCGCCCAUGCGCACUGGGGAGUGGCGGGCGGGUUCGUCGCCAUCUCUCCGUACUUCCACGACAGCGCGGGGUGGAACGCGGACAACCAGCACGCGGCGGCCGUUAUCAUGAAGUACCUGGCCAAACUCAGCGCGGCUGGGAUCGACUGGGUCGUGGGCGGCGAAUUCAACGUGGAGCCCGCGGAAAUUCCUGCGCAGCAGCUCCACGGGGUCUGCGGGCUGUGGGCGGCGGCAGAGGAUGCCACCUGCAGGCCGCGUGCCGGGGCCUGGUCGACGCCGGACUACUUCCGCUUCGCAGCCAACCUCGCUCCGAGGCUUGGCAGGCCGCAAGUCGACGAGUACGGCGCGACGAAGCCGCACCUGCCCGUCGCAAUGGAGAUGCACGCGCAAGACCUUCCGUCGCAGGCACGGGCGGUGAGGGGCCCGCGGCCAACCGGCCCUGCACCGCCCGCGUGCUGCAGCCGCGGCGCCGAGGACUGGCGCGCGCAGCCGUCAGCCGAGAGCACCUCCCAGAGGCAUUGGGCGCUGUUGUGGCUGCGGCCGAGCAAGAAUUUCUGGGCCGCUACGACGCCGUCGGGCACGGCAGGACCGCGCUUGGUCGCAGGCCGCGCCGCGCCGCGUGGCGUCGAGGCGGCGGCGUACCUCGACAAGAUCAUCGCCAGCCGCGGCACGCUGGCGCUGCUGCCGCACUGGGCCGACUUAGCGGGCCAGGCGUCGAGGGUCGUGGAGUACGCAAACGGUCAGUAUGAAGCGGUCAUUGUGGCGCAGCAAAAGGAGUGGGCCAAGUGGGCCAACGAGUCCUUCUCCCACGGCGCUGGCCGCGCCCAUCGGUGCUCCAAGGUCAGGGACUUGCAGGUGUCUGGCAUGGCCAGCAGCAGGGCGCGAGCCCGCACCUGGGCGAUCGGGAGAUGCAGCCGCGGGCAAAGGUGCGGCGGUGCCAUGGUCUGCCGCAGGACGGCAUGUAUGUUCGUGCGCAGCUCUUCAUGCGCAUGGAGAAGUUGGGCGCAUGGCCUGAUGGGCCGCUUGUGGCGCGCCAUGUGUCGGCUGCCCAAGCCCUCUGGAGGGUGCCGCCUCAUCGCGCUCAUGAAUUCUAUGGUGCGCUGGUGGUCGCGGGCGUGGGCGGACAUCUCCAAGGGCUGGCUCACUCAGCACCCCAGCGUGGGCACCUGGGGGCUCGGCGCGGGCAGGUCGUCGUCUGAUGCAGCGUUCGACCUGAACCUCGAGACCGAGGUGGCGGUCGCGUUGGAGAAGCAGGUGGACACCGUGCUCCUGGACGCCUGGGAGUUCUUUGAGGCGGUGGCCCCCGAGGCCCUCAUCCAGGAGGCGCGGCUGCUCAAGAUGCCGCUGCCGCUGGUCUGGCUCUUGGUGGAGCUGUGCAGGCAGCCCGGGCGGCUGCAAGCGUUCGGCUCAGUGUCCUACGAGGUUGUGUCUUACCAGGGGGUGCUGGCCCUCGUAGACGACGUCACUCUUCAGUGGGUCACGACCGCGGGUAGCAACGUCAGCGUCUUGCGGGCCGAGGUCACGCGCUUCCGCGAGGAGGCCAAGCAACUGGGCAUCAUCGUGCAGCCCGCCAAGUCUGGCUGCGUGACCUCGUCCAUGGGCCUAGCCGCAGAGAGCAGGAAGCAUGCGGGAUACCGCGGCCUGCAGCUGCUCCACUGGGCUCGCAAUCUAAGGCAUGACCUUGGAGGAGGCAGGAUCCAGCGACGGCUGACCAAGCUGCUGCUGAAGGCUCUGGCGCGGCGGCGAGGGCGCCUGGCGGCGCUGAAGCGCGGUGCUGCUGGCCGCAAGGUCACCGUGCUGCGGCGCACGGGGCUGCUCCCUAGCGCCGGCCACGGCGCGGGCGUCGUGGGCAUCUCCGACGACGAGUUGCAGCGGCUGCGGGCUGAGGCGACGGUGGCGCUCGUGGUCAGGAACUCCAGCUGGGCCUGGGAGCAGAGGACAUCGUUGGGCAGGCUUCAGCGAGCGUGGGCCUCCAUCGCGCAGCGGCUGGUCGAGAAGCCGACGCGGGGGCUGGCGCGCGGCCCGAUCGCCUCGACGACGCUCGCGCUCUGGAGGAUCGGAUGGUAUAUGCGGUCCAGCCUGGUGCUGGCCACUGACGAGGAGCAGCGCAUCAACCUGCUCGCCACCUCGCCGUCGGACUUCAAGGCUUACCUCGUCGAGGGGGUCAGCCGCUGGCAAGGGCGGCAGAUCCUGGGCCGCUUCGACGGCGCGCAGCCAACGGGGCCGAUCUGGAUGCAGGUCCUGAGGCUGUGCGUCGGCAGCAAGUGUGCCGCUGCAAGUUAUGUUGCGAAUAGGUCGUCGGUACAGCAGGACGCCCUCCAUGAUCGACUGCGACAGAUAGGGGCAACCAUGCGUGACAAGGGCCUGCAGGCAGGCGGCGUGGGGGUCGCUGACUUCGGCGGGUUCGCGCACGAGGUCGGGCCCCCCGCGAUGCCGCCGCGCGUGCCGCCUGCGGCCGACGAGGCGGAGGUCGGGCUUUGGGGCGACUGGAGCGGCACGAGCGACGAGCAGCGCGGGAACAUUGCGUUCACCGAUGGCUCGGGCUUUGCGAGCAGCAUGCCCAAGCUGAGGCGCUGCGGGUGGUCGCUGGUCCAGCACGGCUGCAACGGGGCGCCCGUUCGCGCGGCAUUCGGGGCCCUUCCUGGCCGCCUGCAGACGGCGGGUCGCGCCGAGCGACACGCGCUCCUGCAGGUCACCAAGCUCCUGGGGCAGCAGGCGCGAUUCGUGGCCACCGACCUGCUGGCGCUGGCCCAGGAGGCUAGCAGCUGGGAGCCAGAGCUGGAGCGAGCCAAGGCGGUGCGCGCCGCGGUGUGGAGGCACCUGCGGCAGCAGCCAUGCCGCCCCGAGGUGUCCUGGGCCCCCGCGCACCAGGACGUCGACGGGCACCUGGUGGCGGGGCUUCACCCAGUGCUGUACGCGGGCAACCUGCGGGCGGACCGGUUCGCCAAGCAGGGGGCAUUGCAACGCGCGGUGCCCCAGGUGCACACGGAGUUCUACGCCGUCGAGGUGCAAUACUUCGAGCAGGUGGCGGACUACAUCGAAUGGGCUAGGCAGCGCUGCCUGGCCAUCGGUGACUGGGCCCCCCCGAGGCCGAACCCUUGGUUGCACGAGGGCGGCGGCCGUGGCGUGGCGCUGCACCUCGGGCAUCGGCUGCUGCGCGCGGGGCCCGCCAUCUUUGGCGAGGUCUGCGUCGCGCGGAUGCAGGCCCGAGCGGCGAGGGGGCUGCAGAAGGCGCGCUGCGGGCCGCCCACCGACAAGGGGCACCACCAGCGCACCUACGUCAGCAACCUGGUGGCCAGGAGGGACAGGUCGCUGCGUGGUCUGGACCCCAAGACGGGCAGGCCAUGGGCCACGGGCACGCUGGUGCACGACGAGCGCAGUUCGGUCGACGACAGCUCCGCGGAAGGCACCGAUGAGGCCCCGCUGGCGGACGCGCAGAGGACCGCGACGCGCGGAUCUCCCGCAGCGCCGUGUGGCGGGCGCACGAAGGAGGCCCAGACGGCGGAUGCGCAGGAGACUGCGACACGCGGAGCUCCCGCAGCGCUGCGAGGCGAGCGCGCGGAGGAGGCCCCGCUGGCGGAAGUGCGGGGGACCGCGAAAUGCGGGGCUCCCGAGCUGCCGAGAGGCGGGCGCGCGGAGGCCAGCCGCCUGCUCGCGGAGGUCGUGGCGCGCCGCAGCGUUCGUGCGGCGCCAGCGCCGUCCUGGCAGGAGCGGCUGGAAGUGCUGCGGCGACGCGUGGCGACGCGCGAGGCUGGCCCGGCGCGCGUUGCCGCUGGUGGGGCUGGCAGUGUUCCCAAAGCGCAGGUCGGGGAGGCGUUGGCCGACACGGGGGCGGCGCCUGCGGGUUUUGCCGCGCGGCUGCGGCGGCGCGGCAUCCCCGCGGCGCGACCGCCGCCCAGGGCGGCCCUGCCGCAGCGGCCGCCGCGGCCGCUGGCCCUGGAGCGCAGCCUGGACCGCUGGGGGCGCUGGUGGAUCGAGACGCUGCUCGACGCCGACGGCGCGGCCAGCGACUGGCUCGACCACUGCGUCCAGUGCGCGGAGGCGGUCCUCGCCCAGCCCAGGUGCCGGCGUUUCCUCAGGGCGAUGGGCAGCACGGCUCGGCAGCUGGCGGAGGCGUGGUGCCGCCGCGCCUGGAGCCGCGGAGUGAAGCUGCGCGGUGCCUACGCCAGGAAUCGCUCGGGCCUCACGCUGAGCCAGCGGUGCGUCAUCGACAGCAUGCGGAGGUGCGAGGUGUACUGCCUCCGCAGCUGGCCGGCGGCGCCCGCGGGCCUGCCGCCCGCGCUGGGCUGGGCUCAGGCGGCGCGCUGCAGGCCGCGGCCUGGGGUGGCGGCGGCGCCUCGCGAAGGCCAGGGCCGCCUCGGCGCGCGGGCGACGUCGCAGGACAACGGCGGCGGCGAGGGCAGCGACGCGGGCGAAGGCGUUGCCUGA